GCGUGCUGCUUGUCUGCUCGUGGCGCUGCCGACGGCGAGUGCCCUUGUCGUCGCCAGAGAGCCGUACGACAAGGCGGGCCGCCAGCCGCGGGCCAAGGACUGCACGCCCGCGGACGAGGACAUGCACAUCGUGUUCUCGACGGGCUGCAACGCCUUCCAGCACUGGCAGGCGGAGGUGCUCCUCAACUCGGCGUACCACCAGGGUCAGUGUGGAAGCAUGACACGGAUUGUCGUGGGAUGCGACCAUCACGUCGCCGAGACGAUCCGCACGCACCAGGGUGGUGCUGCGGACGAGCUGAUCGAUCGUGGCGACCUGAUGAAGUCCACCUUCCCGGGCCUGAAGGUGCACGUCGCUCCCGCCAUCCCCGAAGCCGCAGAGUUCCCGUGGUUCAACAAGCCGUGGUCGUUCCAGCACUGGCUGGACAGUAUGGCCGACAAUAUUCUGACGAACACUCGGGUUUGCUGGAACUCGCGUCCGCCGCCGCUGUUUGACGGUCCUGGCGUGAGUUUUGGCCGUCGGUUUUAG